CCGGCGCGCAGUUCAGUUUGGCGGCCUCGGAUCUGCAGUCAAAUUGGGGCGUGAUGUGGUCCCGAAUUAACCGAGCUGCCGAGGAGUUUUACUCUCGUCUCCUGCAGGAGUUUGAUGAAGAAAAGAAAGGAAUCCAUAAAGAUCCAUUUAUCUAUGAGGCUGAUACUCAAGUGCAGUUGAUCAGCAAAGGUCAACCAAACCCUUUAAAAAAUAUUCUAAAUGAAAAUGACGUAGUAUUCAUCGUGGAGAAAUUGCCUUUGGACAAGGAAGAAACAAGUCAUGUUGAAGAACCACAAUGUGAAGAAACGGUUAUUUCUGAUUUCUCUACUGGGGAGAAUGUUGGACCACUUGCUUUACCAGUUGGGAGAGCAAGGCAGUUAAUUGGACUUUACACCAUGGCUCACAAUCCUAAUAUGACCCACUUGAAGAUUAAUCAUCCAGUUACUGCCCUUCCUCCCCUGUGGGUAAGGUGUGACAGUUCAGAUCCUGAAGGGACCUGUUGGCUGGGAGCUGAGCUUGUCACCACAAAUAACAGCAUUACAGGAAUUGUCUUAUAUACAGUCAGUUGUAAAGCUGAUAAAAAUUACUCUGUAAAUCUUGAAGACCUGAAAAGUUCACAUAAGAAAAGACAUCACUUAUCUAUGGUAACAGCCAGGGGCUCCGCCCAGUAUGAGCUCUUUAAGUCCACAGCCUUGGAUGACACACUUGCUGCAUCACAAACUACAAUCACUUUGGAUAUUUCCUGGAGUCCUGUGGAUGAGAUUCUUCAAAUCCCCCCACUUUCUUCAACUGCAGCUCUGAAUAUUAAAGUGGAAUCAGGAGAGCCCAGAGGUCCUUUGAAUCAUCUUCAAAGAGAACUGAAAUUUCUCCUUGUUUUGGCUGAUGGUUUGCGGACUGGUGUAACCGAAUGGCCUGAGCCUCUGGAAGUAAAAUCUGCUGUUGAACUUGUGCAGGAAUUUCUGAAUGACUUAAAUAAGCUGGAUGGAUUUGGUGAUUCUACAAAAAAAGACGCAGAGACGGUGAAGCAUGACAGUGCUGCAGUUGAUCGCUCCAUCGAGUGUCUCUUCACAGUACGGGGGGAUCUGGAUUUUGCUGAGCAGCUGUGGUUCAAAAUGAGUGGUAGUGUGAUUUCAUAUCAAGACUUGGUGAAGUGUUUCACACUGAUCAUCCAGAGUCUACAACGUGGUGAUAUACAGCCGUGGCUCCAUAGUGGGAGUAACAGUUUACUAAGUAAGCUGAUUCAUCAGUCUUAUCAUGGAACCAUGGACACAGUUGCUCUCAGUGGGACUAUUCCAGUCAAGAUGCUUUUGGAAAUUGGUCUGGACAAACUAAAGAAGGAUUAUAUCAGUUUUUUCAUAGGUCAGGAACUUGCAUCUUUGAAUCAUUUGGAAUAUUUCAUUACUGCAUCAGUAGAUAUACAAGAACAGGUGUACCGUGUUCAGAAACUCCACCAUAUUCUAGAAAUAUUAGUCAGUUGCAUGCUUUUCAUCAAGCCCCAGCACGAGCUCCUCUUUGCUUUAACACAAUCCUGCGUAAAAUACUACAAACAAAAUCCUCUAGAUGAGCAACACAUUUUUCAGCUGCCAGUCAGACCAACUGCUGUAAAAAGCUUAUAUCAAAGUGAGAAGCCGCAGAAAUGGCAGGUGGAAAUAAGUGGUGGUCAGAAGAAGGUGAAAACAGUUUGGCAGCUGAGUGACAGCGCACCUGUAGACCAUCUGAGCUUCCACAAAUCUGAUGUUUCUGAGUUAACAUUGAAUGGUAGCCUGGAAGAAAGGAUGUCCUUUACUAACCUGGUUACCUGCAGCCAGGUACAUUUCAAGUGAAGUCGGCUGAUGGAGUCCUCUGUAAGCACAAGACCAAAAAAAAAAAAAAUUUAUCACAGAGCCUGAAAACAGAAAUGUAUAUAAACCUUCAAAGCAGAGAAAGGAGGAAGAUCCUGAAGAUUCUUGAUGAAAGAUGAAUCCACAAAAUGGGUGACACUGUCUCAGCUCUGGCUCCGCAGGAGGAGCAUCAGGAGAACUGCAGAGAUUAGUACACAGAGGGUGCAGACUGUAGGUACCACAAUCUCUGUCACCAUCUGCAUGUGACUUAGCAGCGGCUCUGAAAUGGGAGAGAAAACACCACAAAUGAGCAUGUCAUCAUUUCAGCGAAUAUAGCCUCACCCUGAAAGAUUCAGCUGUAUUGGGAAAAACUUGGAAAAUGGUAUCAUCAAGCUUUGUAAUUAUUCUCAGUUGCUCUAAAAGAGAACAUGGUGAAUGAAAUGUUACUAAAAAAAUUAUGUGAGGGCUUUAUAAAAUAUUUCACAAAGUAUGGGGUAAAGAAUGCCUACAUUUGGUUCUUCCACAGGUAUUAGAAUAAAGUCUAAGUGUAUGUUAUAUUUACCCUAAAUUCAUAUGAGGAUAUUAACUAACAGGCGUGUUCCAGGGUUGCUGUAAUUUUCACUGGGGGGGUUGUGAAAGAAAAAUCGUGGGGAAGCCUCGGUAACCUUUCAAAGAUGUUAUUGUGUAUCUUAAGAGGUGUAAGAGUUUCCAUACUGAAAGUUUGUGUGGCAAUUCUUGCAUGGUUAAUUAAUCUUGAAGAGUUGAGUGAUAAGCAUGUUUCAUGUACAUGAUUAUAGUAGUGGACAUUUAUGUAAUUCCCACUUCUAGGUUUUGUGCCUGCCACCCUGACUACCAUGAUAAAUAAGGCAUGAGGCCCUGUUCCCACAGAAUUCAUAGACUCAGCAGUAAAUUCUACAUCAUGUGUCUAGGUGAUAAAAUACAAGUUAAUUUUGGUUUAAAGGAAUAUAUAUCCUUAAUAUUACCUGGUUAUUUAGAUGGGAGCAGAGCACGGUAGUGUUGGCCUAUAAAAAUAGCUGAAUUGGGGGGAAAAAUAGCUGAAUUGGUAGGAUUUGUUCCAUCUAGCACUUUCCACCUCUGAUAUCACAUUAAAGAUGGGUUUGUUAAAACAGGAAGUAUACUUCUCUGAUUGCCCUUAGGGAAAGACAGAAUUCAAAGAAACAUAUGCUGUGUGCUGGCAUUCAUUAGUAUGUAGAUGGAUCUUUGUUAUUCUACAUCUCUGAGCCUUUUCUAUCCUACUGCACCAGAAACCUUGCCUUCAGGGACCUUGUUUGGUUUAUUGCUGGGCUUAAAACACCCCUUAGCUAAUAGUGAGUGCUCAAUAAUUACUUGCUGAAUGAGUGAAUAUAAUACCUGGAGUGUUCUUUGCCUUUUCUUUAUUUGAAUAUGGUUGCAUUUUUCCCUCCUUCCACAAAGCCCACUGUAACCAAAAUAGGUUUAUAAACUGGCUGUAUGCUUCAGAAAGAAUCAAAACUAGGGAGGAUAAAAUAUCUCUUUUGUGGUAGAUUUUUAAAAUGUUAUUUGAAAUGCUUAUAAAACAGAAAUUUGACAUUGUUUCAAAGUGAAGGAAAAAAUUCAUUUUUAAUUGUAUGUUUCGGAAUGAUUGACUUCAGGUAGAUCCACAUUUUGAGGUUUCGGUAACAUCAUUAUACGUAUAAUUAUGUGCCUUAAUUAUCAAAGGGAAAAAUUAAAAUAUACUCACCUGCAGCAAGCAUCUGGUUGUUGAUAGAACAAGUUUCCAAGGCUUUGAGGUACCAACUCUCCACCUAAUAAAAACCCACUAGGUAAGUAAUGUCAUCUUAGACUAAUUUUUUGCUGUUCCAAAUCAUUUUUGAAUAAUGUGGGAUUAAAAAAGCGUCAAUCUGCCUGGAGUUUAAAUUAGUUAAUAUUUAUUAAAUACCUAUGUGCAUCAUUGUGAGGGAGUCAGAAAAAACAAAACAAAACAAAACUGGUCUUUAUUCUUGAGGAACUUACAGUCUAGCACUUUUCUAGAAAUGCCAAACUGGUGAAUGCCUAUGAGUCACUGUUUAUGGUGCCACUGGGCUCAUCCUAAAAGGACAUUGGUAAACAACUGAGAUUUAUUUUUAGAAGUUAUCUUUAUUGAGACAUUCUAAAUUAUGAUUUUUAUUUCUUGCCAUCAAUAGCAACAUAGAGAACGGAUAGAAAAAUCUACAGGUGACUGAAAAUGGUAUGUUUUAAAGGAUUGUUAAUAUUGUUUGAUCAUUUUUAAUCUCAUUUUGGAACUAGUGGGAGAAAAGAAGUGGAAGUUAUGGUCAUUAUACAUUUAAUUUGCCUGUUUCCAUAUAUGUUAAAGAGUAAGUAGGCAGUAUUUGUUUGCAUUAAGAUGUAACAUUUAGGAUAACAUUUAACUAGAAGUCUCUACUGACUCUUAUAACCUAAAACAAACAGGACUACAUAACUUUCUUUGUUCUUCAUGCUCUGCAAGUUGGGAGUGAAUUUGAAGUGAGGACUGAAUUUUAGGGCAUGUUUACCCCAUUCUAAGCAAAUGAGCAAAGAGGUGGCACAAAUUAGGGGAAGAAUCAAAGGCCCAUGUCCCCACACAGCCCCGUUCUCCUCCACAGAGGGGAGAGGCUUGCCACACUGCACACCCCAAGCUGCUUAGCUCUUCAGAAAUCUAGAACAAGUGAGGGGCGCCUGGCUGGCUCGGACGGAAGAGCACAUGACUCUUGAUCUUGGGUUCGGGAGUUUGAGCCCAUGUUGGAUGUAGAGAUUUUAAAAAAAUCUAGAACAAGUAACAUCAAUGAUUAGUCCUACCUCUCUCGGGUUGGGAAACCCAUUGGCGGUGACAAUCUUCCUGUAAUACUGAACUGACGCCUUUGGGUAGCGCGGCUUAUUUCUGUUGUUAAAUUCGACAUAGUAGAAUCCGUAUCUGUCUGAGUAUCCUUUCUCCCAUUCAAACUUAUCCAACAAAGACCAGGAAGUAUACCCUUUUAUGUCAGCACCAUCUUUUAUAGCUGCAAAGACAUUUUGUUCCGUUUUUAAUAUAUUUCACUUACUUGGAAAAAUAACCUUGUGAAGAUAAUUUUAAAUGUAUUCAUUUAUGAGAUUCAGAAACAAGCUUUAGUCAAUCACAGCUGUUACCAAAUUCAGUCCAAAUUAAGUAGAAAAUAUGUGAAGGCCAUCUUGGUUUGUAUCUCACCUUUUAGCAUUUCAUUUAUGUAGCCCUUAAGGUACUGAAUUCUCCAUUCAUCACAUAACUGCAUACAGUGUAAUAUUUGAGACGCGCCGUUUUCUGUCACAUAGAUGGGAGGGUUGCCGUACUGAGUCUGAAAUGAGUCAUGGGAAUAUCUUAAAAAUUCCGACCUACAGGUGGGUUUCUGAGUCUGAGGCACAUAGGGGAACGGUGUAUUCAAGCGGCCGUGUUCCAAUCGAGUGUAUUUAGCGUUUGGGAGGUGCCAGCUCACACAUUUAUUUGGAGGUGAAUGUAGACAGGAGCCAGUUCAUACGAAAGACUACAUUUCUCAGUGACUCAUCAUUAUAGAGAAAAUGUAGUUCAGGUCUUGUUCUUUCCCACAUAGCUCGUUUCAGGUGAGAAGGGCAGCCAAAUAACUAAAUGUGGGAUGAGAAUUUGUAGCUACGGUUCUAUACCUUGAGAUGGUUACUCAUAGUUGGCAUUAGUCUCUCAAGCCUGUAUCUAGUAGCCUCUGAAGUAGAGGUCACUGAGUUUCACUUUAAAAGGGAGGCACCUAACUGGAAUUAAAAUAAAAACAUUAAAAAAAAUGUAGGCACCCGAGCCUAAGCUGUCAGAUCAUGAAUGGAGGUCAGAAAUGUUCACUGGGGGCACCUGGAUGGCUCAGUCAGUUGGGCGUCCGCCUCUUGAUUUCAGCUGGGGUCAUGGUCUUUGGGUCGUGAGAUUGAGCCCCCUGUGGGCUCAGCAGGGAGUCCGCUUGUCCCUCUCCUUCCCCUCCCCCAGUGUGUGCUUGCAUGCUCUCUCAUUCUUUCUCAAAUAAAAUCUUGAAAGAAAAAAAAUGUUUAUUAAAUAGCUUAAUGUGAUAAUCACCUGAGCAAAGUGGAGGAGCCUCCUAAAGCCCAUGGCACAGAAUAGAGCCACUUAGACCCCAGAUCAGGCCAAUUUGGGUCAACCAGUUCUACUAAGUCACGAUCGUUCUGGUAGCUGGGCCCAUGGCGGGAGGGGUAGUUCCUUUCUGUGAUGUACCGAGUAGUAAAAUGGCCUAAUCCCAAGAAAUCAGAUGUGCCUUUAAUGUAGCUUUUUUCCUGGCGUGAGAACACUGGUAACCUUGACAUAUCCAGGCCUUGCUCUGCACUCUUUUUUCCUAUUGAGAGAGAAAAAUAGAAUUUAACAAAGUUGGCUUUCUCCCAGUCCUUUUGCUGUGACAUGCCAUGACGAUACUGGCAUGUUGACAUAAAAACUGUUAUCCAGAUCCCGGGCUUUGGGAUUCGUUUGUAUGGAAAAAGUAGCCUUAGCUUUUUAACCUGGAAUUUUGACAUUUGAAUACUAUUCAAAAUGUUAAAAGUUUAUAUUGCUUAAAAAUUAUAUUUUCAUAGAUUACUCAGUAAAUGGUAUGCAGACAAUUUUGUAGCUAUAUGGAAAAAAAGUGGAGUUGGGAUUCCUUUAUUAUUUCUUAUAGCCAAAAUUGGUAAUUUUGGUUGUCUCUGGGAAGAGAAGCGGAAGGCCAUUCGUGGUGCGGAUGGUGGCGUAGGGGGACAUACAGUCACAUUCAUGCACCUUUGUAGCGUAGGCUGGUACAACCU